AUGCCAUAUUUUUCCUCCCGGUAUCUGGCGGCCCGGCGACUCGGCAACCCGGCAGCCGAGCCGAUUGUCCGCCAGGCCAUUGUCAAAGCGCCCGUGGCUGCGGCACUCGGCGAACAAUCGGCUCAGCUGUCGGGCCUGACAAUAGGCACGACUACCAUCGAUACGACGAAGGACAUUGGAGACGUUGUUUUCAACAACUCUGCCCCAACCGAUACUACGCAUAUCAAGGAACAGUACGAGUACCACAAGGACUCGUCCUCUGCGACCCAGCACAAGAAGAAUUCAUUCGAGAAAGGGGCAGGCUUAACGAAGAAGCCAGGCUUAGAGAAGAACAAGCCCAACAAGCAACUCAACUAUUCGCUAGCGUACCACCAUCCAGACCACAGACACCACACCCAUACGAUCAAUCUCGCAGACAUAGCCGAGCACCCAGCAGGGCAGAAACCUCUACCUCUAUUGAAACUCAAACCAUUCGAUAUCCCCUUCCCGGAUCUCGACGUACCCAUCCCACCUGAACGACAGGAAGAAAUAUACGAAGUUACCAGACAACUUCAGACGCCCUCUACAAUGGCAGACACAAAUACUCUCAUGCGAGAAAUGAUUGAGGCACUUCAGAAAGCAAAUGAACAUGCCUCUACCCCAAAGCCCCAGAAGUUCGAUGGCACGCAACAAAUCCAGGACUUCCUGAAAGAUUGCGACAUCUACUUCAAAGGCAAAGACACGACCAAGGAUGCAAAGAAAAUUCUCUUUGUACUCAACAAUACCGAGAAGAAGCCACACGACUGGUGUCGCACCAAGUUUGACAAAUACGAAGCUAGCACAACUUGGCCCACAUAG